UGCAAAUUACAAGAUGUCCCCUGAAGAGAAACCAGGGUUGGAGCACUAUGGAUAUUUAGAGUCCAUGUCAGUCUUGGAAAGGGACAUGCCUCGAGCAAGUGAUCUUCUUUUAUCAGUUUCAAUGUGUGCUGAAGUAUACAAAGGCAAAAUUGUUGAUCUUGCUUUAGCAGCAAGUGAAGAGCUAAGACAAAUGGCUCAAGAACAAGAACCAUUAUGGCUAUUUGAUACCAACAAGCAAACUGAGAUUCUCAAUGAAGCAGAAUAUAAGCGACGAUUCGUCCAUCUUGAUCCUACAUUAGAGGAAAUAAUCAAAGUCAUUACAAGAGGAGGGCCUAUUGACAUACCAAAUCUUAAUGGAAAUGUUGAUGACACAAGUGAAAAUGCACAAAUGUCAAUGUUAGAAAUGGAAAAUUCAGCAAUGCCCUCUGAAAUUGAAGCAUCAAGAGCUAUUGGGAUUGUCCUUGUGGAUCCAAUCAACCUUGUGAAUAUGUUGAUGGAUGUUGACCAGUGGUCAUGUGUGUUCUCCAACAUUGUCUCAAAAGCAACAAAUCUUGGACUUCUAAUGACAGGAGAAGAUGGAAAUCCUAAUAAAGCCUUGCAAGUGAUGACAGCACAAUUUCAUCUUCCUUCUCCACUAGUUAGGCCCCGGGAGGUCUAUUUCGCGAGGUAUUCUCGACAACUAGAUUUCAACACUUGGCUGGUAACUGAUGUCUCCUUGGAGAGUAUUUUUCCAAAUCCAUUAGUCCAAUGUCAAAGAAGACCAUCAGGAUGUCUAAUUCAAGGGCUUCAAACUGGACUAUCAUUGGUUACUUGGGUGGAGCAUAAUGUAGUAUGCAAUGGUUUGGUUCCCCAAAUGUUCAGGCAGAUACUUAAAUCAGGUGUUGCAUCCAGUGCAAAGCGCUGGAUGCUGACCAUGGAGAGACAUUAUGACAGAAAUGCAACUGUGAAGAAACAGCAUGAUCAACCAUUGGAACAACCCUUGCAAGACAAUAACAUAGAAGAAGGAAGGAAGAAUUUAAUGAAGUUGGCAGAACGGAUGGUGAGAAGUUAUAAUGCUAUUUUUAGCUCAUGCAAUGAAAACCAGUGGAUGCCCUUAAGGAUACAAGGUGGUGGGAAUAACUUCGCGAAAACAAGCUUGAAUUUAGAUGCUCGAGGAACCCCUCGUGGUGUUGCAGUAACGAUUUCAACGUCUGUGUGGCUACCGAUCCCACAGAAAGACGUUUUUGAGUUCCUUCGAGCAGGCGAAAAUCGCUGCAAGUGGGAUUUACUCUCCAUUGGGUGUAUGACUCGCGAUGAACUACAUAUUUCUUCAGCACGAGACCCUGCAAACUCUGUUUCACUAGUCAUGGUAGAGCCUCCCAAUGGAAGAGAAGACAAAUCAGAAAUGUUUUACCUCCAAGAAAGCUUCACAGAUACAACAGUAAUGUACAUAAUUUAUGCACCAGUUGAUGCCUCAGCUGUGCAGCAUAUUAUGGAAGGUAAAUACUCAGAUGAUGUAGUAAUGUUGGCUUCAGGAUUUGCUAUCCUCCCUUUCUCUCCUGAAAAAACAAACUUUCCAGAGGAUAUUCUUACUGGUGGAAGUGUUCUAACCAUAGCAUUUCAGUUGAUGGAUGAAGAACUAUCAACGCCGGAGUAUCUUCCCCCACACUCGGUGUUAACAGCAAACAAACUCAUAUCUGAAACAGUUUCCCUAAUCAAGGAUUCAUUGUUGUUCAACUCUGUAUGUUGAAACAUUUAUUUUGUUCCUUAAUAUUCUUCUUUACUGAGAUGAGAAGAUGUUUGGCAUCUAGAGAAACUAUGCCAAGACUGUCAUUUCCCUUGCUUUUUUUUCCU